CGCACACAGCAAAGGAAGGCCGGUCCCGUGCUUGUUGCCGCCCCCUCCUCAGGCUCGGGCACAUUUUCCUCUCCAUCAAAAUCAUCAUCUUCCUCUCUAAGAAACCCUAACUGAAUCCUUUUCUUCACCCACAUUACAUUGAGGUUCUGUUCUCUUCUGUUCUGUCAUUCACGUAUAUUCCAUUCACUUCAUUCUUAUUGAAGAAAAUACCUUUGUUUGCUUGGCCACAAGGGAAGAAAAAAAAAUCUUGUCGAUACGUUUGGGUUCUUGUGAGAGGACGGAAAGCAAGAAACUUGGCUCGUUUUAAGGCUGAUAGAGUACGGCCUGAUAGAGUCAAAAGGUGAUUGACAGACCUCGAAAGUGCGCCAUCAUUGCGGCUGCGAAAAAGGAGUGCCUAUAGGUUCUAGUUCUUCUGGUUGCCUUGAUAAUAAAGCAAAAGGUUACAAGUAACAUUCUGAAGGAAACAUGGCUAGCAGUGAUGAUAUUCUUCUGUCAGCUGUGCUCAAUCUUCUAUCUGCAUUUGCAUUUCUUGUGGCCUUUGCUAUUCUACGACUCCAGCCAUUCAAUGACAGAGUGUACUUCUCAAAAUGGUAUCUGAAGGGAAUACGAGCAAGCCCAAGAAGUUCCGGAGCAUUUGUGAGGAAAUUUGUCAACUUGGAUUGCAGAACAUACAUAAGGUUCCUGAAUUGGAUGCCUGCAGCUCUAAGAAUGCCAGAACCAGAGCUUAUCGAUCAUGCUGGUCUUGAUUCUGCUGUCUAUAUACGGAUAUACCUUCUUGGAUUGAAAAUCUUUGUUCCUAUUGCACUAUUUUCAUUUGGGGUUUUAGUGCCUGUCAAUUGGACUGGGAAACAUUUGGAGCAAAUUGAGGAUCUUACAUUCAGCGGUAUCGAUAAACUUUCGAUAUCCAAUGUCCCUUCUGGAUCACAGAGGUUUUGGGCACACCUGGUAAUGGCUUAUGCAGUCACGUUUUGGACCUGCUAUAUACUAUACAAAGAAUAUCAUAUAAUAUCAACCAUGAGGCUGCAGUUUCUUGCCUCUGAAAAUCGUCGGCCUGAUCAGUUAACUGUCCUUGUGAGAAAUGUUCCUCCAGAUCCAGAUGAAUCAGUGAGCGAGCAUGUUGAACAUUUCUUUUGCGUGAAUCAUCCAGAUCAUUAUCUAACACACCAGGUUGUUUACAAUGCAAAUAAUCUAGCUAAAUUGGUGGAAAAGAAGAAGAGCUAUCAAAAUUGGCUUACAUACUACCAAACUAAGUAUGAGAGAAACCCUAAGAUUAAGCCAAAGACGAAGACAGGGUUUUGGGGCCUUUGGGGAAAAACUGUGGACGCCAUUGAUUAUUAUACCGCUGAAAUUGAGAAGUUGAGUAAAGAAGAAGCUUUAGAAAGAGAAAAAGUUAUGAGUGAUCCCAAGGCAAUAGUUCCUGCAGCAUUUGUUUCAUUUAAAUCUCGUUGGGGAGCGGCUGUCUGUGCUCAAACACAACAAUCAUGUAACCCAACCAUUUGGUUGACACAAUGGGCUCCUGAACCACGUGAUGUCUAUUGGGAUAAUCUAUCAAUACCAUAUGUUGAACUCAAUGUCCGCAAACUGCUAAUGGCUGUUGCUUUCUUCUUUCUUACAUUCUUUUUUAUGAUCCCUAUUGCAUUCGUUCAGUCUUUGGCAAGCAUUGAUGGUAUUGAGAAUAAACUUCCCGUCUUGAGGCCGUUGAUACAGAUGGAAGUUGUCAAAUCUUUUAUCCAAGGUGUUCUUCCUGGGAUUAUACUGAAGAUUUUUCUGAUUCUUCUUCCUACGAUUCUAAUGGCCAUGUCAAAAAUAGAAGGCUAUACAUCACUUUCAUCUUUGGACAGAAGAUCAGCAACUAAAUAUCAUUUUUUUAUCCUUGUCAACGUGUUCCUGGGAAGUAUCAUCACUGGAGCAGCAUUUGAGCAGCUACAGAGAUUUGUGGAAGAGCCUCCAUCAGAAAUCCCAAAAACAGUUGGUGUAGCUAUUCCGUUGAAGGCUACUUUCUUCAUUACCUACAUAAUGGUUGAUGGUUGGGCUGGAAUUGCUGCAGAGAUUCUUAGAUUGGUUCCAUUAGUUAUGUUUCAUCUUAAGAAUACGUUUCUGGUAAAGACAGAUCAGGAUAGAGAGCAGGCUACAGAUCCUGGUUCGUUGAAUUUCUCUGUAUCAGAACCUCGCAUACAACUGUACUUUCUACUAGGCCUUGUGUACUCAGUGGUCACACCCGUACUCCUGCCUUUCAUCAUAGUCUUCUUCGCAUUUGCUUAUAUGGUUUUCCGUCAUCAGGUAUUUCACUAUUGCUUAUGCAACAGAUGUUUAGAUAUCUUGUUGAGAAGGUGCAAAGACGAGAUGCAUGAUAAAUGCUUAAAAGCGAUGGAAC